UUCGAAUAUAUUUUUCAAACACUGCUGUGCACGUUGUAUACUGAAAAAUCUUUCCUUUUCCCUUUGUUUGUUUGAGUGGUUACAGUACACACACGUUUCGUGAAAAUGACCAAAGGUACAUCAUCAUUCGGUAAACGACACAAUAAAACACAUACAUUGUGUCGUCGUUGUGGUCGUAGUUCAUACCAUAUACAAAAGAAAAAAUGUUCUUCAUGUGGCUAUCCAAAUGCCAAAAUCCGUAAAUACAAUUGGAGCGUUAAAGCUAAACGCAGGAAGACUACUGGUACUGGACGUAUGCGUUAUUUGAAAAUUGUUCAUCGUGUUUAUAGACGUGGUUUCAAAGGCCUACCAGUAGCCAAAGGAUUAAAAGGUGGUAAAUCGGGUGAAAAAUCCUCUACCGCAACAGUAUCGCAGUAGACAAUGAACAACAACAACAAUGAUAAAUGAAUGUAUUUUGUAAGAAAAAAA